AUGAUCUCGAAUUUUCGUUCCCCUUUGCUUAGAGAUGAGAAUAACCCCGGAAAUUCGGAGAGCCUUGCUACCAUUUCGGAACCAGUCCUUGGCGGGCGUUUAGACACGGGGGACUUGCUCAGCCACGAGGUGUCCAAUGCCUCCAGCCCUGGUCUGAUACAUGAGAUUUCACGUCCGUCCCUUCCAUUAUACUCGAUACAACUUCACUCAAAAUUCCCGCGAAGGUCUGUCAGCGUCGAGCUGGUUCGCUGCACAUUGAAUUUUGCAUAUCAUGUUCUGAUUAACGCGGUGGAUUUAUCUUCCGGUUUGGCGGCACAGAUGUUUGGAUCGUCUCUUCAAUUAUACUCUAGAGAACAUCUUCUAAGUAAACUUCUUUGGGCAUUGGGUCCAGGAUCCUCGGCCUUGGAAGAAUUCGCCAAUAUCGACAUCACGACCGGCUUUCAAGCGCCUGAGAAGUCUGAAACCAGCGAACAUAUUCAAGCGUUUGACACGUUCACCUAUAGCGGUAACACAUCUCUCAUCAACGCUGGAGUUGUCAGCUGGUUGGACUCCCUCGGUGUUCGGAAGAUUGAUGAAGACACUCUGGAAAUUCCAGCAUGGGAUCAGGCCGCACCCCCUGACAUUGGAAGCUUGCGCCCAGAAUUCUCACAGGGCCGAUACUCGUUCUUGAAUGCCGAUGUCUUUUUCUCACCAACACGAAGCAUGAUCAGAAAGGGAGAAGCAGAACUGACAAAAAGUUCGACGGUACACACCACUCGUAUAUCUCAGUCGGCCUUAUUCCGUCAUUUGUCCGAAGUAUCGCCAAAGGAAGUUAAAGCUCGUGUAGCCUAA